AUGAAUUUCGAAACACGCGUUAAAUAUGAUAGUGAAACAAAUAUCAAACGAGCGCUAAGGGCCGUAUGCCUUUACUGUGUCUUCAUAGUAAUGACCACUGUGGUUGCCGUUUCUGCGCGCCACCACUACAUGUACUACUUCAAUCACGCUAUUAAACGGCACUUUUUGAUCUAUGAACGACUCGUCACCUACAAUGAAUGGUGGUCGGAACUAGCAGAUUCAUUUUUGCCGGAGGUGUUGCUACCGCCACAAGCGAGCAACGAAAGUGUCKCUACCGAAAAUGCGAAUAGUUCGAGUAAUCCAGGCGUCAAUGCCAGCACAGCUUCUGCUGCACAUAAAGUUAUAAAAUUUGAUGAGAGUAUUCUGUUGGGAACACCACGCCUACGUCAGCUACGCGUCGAGGAGACAACUUGCGGUGGCAGCAAGAGUUUCGCGAAACAUUUUCAUUUCAUUUGUUAUCCAGAUUAUUCGUAUUCAGAUAUGAAAACCACUGGUGAACAUAUAGGCGCGAAGUAUGAGUCUGCAUACCAUUUGAGCGCGAUGCCGAUCCAAGGACGAAUACACACAUAUUGGGGUGGGGGUUUCGUGCAGAAUUUGGAUCGAAAUUUUAAUGAAUCUUUGCCUUUGAUUGAAUCACUGGCACAGCUUGACUGGUUGGAUCGCGGCACACGCCUUAUGAUUUUCGAAUUAACGCUCUAUAAUAAAAAUACGGAUCUCUUCAAUAAUGCCAAAAUUCUGGGCGAAGUUCCGGUCACUGGUGGCGUUUUGUUAUAUAUACAAGUUCAGGCGGUGCAAAAACAUGCUGUCUGGACAGGCAGCGUAUGGAUCAUACUCUCAGCUAUCAUUUUCUAUAUAAUGGCUAUAUAUUAUUGUAUUGGAGAAAUGUUGGUAUGCCGUCGGAGUGGCUACAAAAAAUAUUUGAAAAACUUUUGGAACAUUGUCGAUUUAGUUAUACUGAUUCUCGUUACACUUUCCUUCAGCUAUAAUAUUUUCCAUCCAAUUUAUCUACAUUAUUAUUUGAAGCAUGCCAACGCAUURCCAACUGAAUAUCAUAGCUUGGAUGUGAUUUGUUGGUUAAACUCCCAUUAUAUGAAUUUAGUAGCGGUGCUGGCGUUUUUAGUUUGGAUUAAGAUAUUUCAGUUUUUCACCUUCAACAAAACAUCGAUACAAUUAAAUGCGACAUUCGUAAAAUGCUAUAGAGAUCUGCUCAACUUCGUGCUCAUAUUUCUGAUAAUCUUUCUUUCAUACGCCAUGCUCGGCAUGUUACUGUUCGGCCAUGCGCACGAGGACUUUUUCGUAUUUCCCAUCGCAUUUUGGAGUGUUAUGCGUAUGGUAUUGGCUGAUUUUGAUUAUGUUGGCGUGGAACAUGCAAAUCCUGUGCUGGGACCAAUAUACUUUUUCUCCUUCAUACUCAUCGUGUAUUUCAUACUUAUUAAUAUGUUUCUGGCCAUCAUUUACGACACCUUCCGGAACAUAAAAACAUAUGAAAUACCACCGGAGAAGAAACAAUUGCCGCAGUUCUUUAAAAAAUACUGGGAUAAGGGCAAAGAUGGCGGUAAGAAGGCGCUCAAUGCAAUAGGCUUGUGCAAACGUAGGAAUACAAAACGAGACACAGAACCGUUACGCGAAAUGAAUGACGAGAACGAGCCACCUUUUCCACCUACGCCAAGGCCAGAGCAGAAAAUGCGCGUGCCUAAGAAUGAGAUAAUUCAGAACUACUUUGAGACCAUACAGAACAAACGUGACGCCGAGCAAAUAGACAAUUUGACUAAACAUAUAACGGCUUUAGAGGAGAUUUUGGCUAAAAUGAGCGAYGAUAUUAAGCGUCUGGAAGCCGAGACACCUGAUCCGAGCACGCGCCCMGAGCCGCCGAGUCAACCUAAAACACCGCCUCGUCUAAAGGUCUUCAUAAAUCGCAAGAAGUAGCUUGA